AUGUAUGAUCUGGAGGAGCAGGUCAUCGCCGACGAACAGAAAUCUGGCACGAGCGCAUGGCCAAACCCAAGCGAUGACGAAAUCGAGCGAACCUCUGGGACGAUGGAAGAACAACAGCAACCCACAACUCCGCCAAAAGAGCAUGCGUCUGGCCUUGCAAAGAUUCUAUCGCGAAGGUCUGUAGUAUCGUCGUGGAAAGAUCCGGGGCCUGCACCUGACGGAGGCUUGACCGCCUGGAUCCAAGUUUUUUGUUGCCACCUCACCAUCUUCACAACCUUUGGCUUCUUUACUUCGUAUGGAGUAUAUCAGACGUACUAUGUGAGCGAUUUGGGCAUAGAGCCGUCGACGGUUUCCUGGAUAGGCUCGAUACAGGUACUCUUCCUCUUUGGCAUUGGGGCAAUUAGCGGCCGGGCGACAGAUGCUGGUCUAUUCCGACACUGUUACAUCGCGGGCGCAAUGUUCCAGAUGCUGGGCAUAUUUACAAUGGCCGAGUCGACAAAACUGUGGCAACUCUUUUGUUCCCAGGGCGUGUGUCUCGGGAUCGCGAACGGACUGCAAUUUUGUCCUGCCAUGUCUCUGGUCUCCACGUACUUCGUAAAGAAACGCGCAUUUGCCCUUGGCUUCACUGCCCUUGGAUCGUGCACAGGCGGCAUUGUAUUUCCGGUCAUUGUCCAGCAAUGCCUGCCACGCCUCGGCUUUCCAUGGACAAUCCGAAUCAUCGGUUUCAUCAUGCUGGUCCUCAACAUCGUCACAAUCGCGUUGUACCGCACACGUCUCCCGCCUCGGAAAACCGGACCACUCGUUGAUUGGGAUUCCUUCAAAGAGGCUCCCUAUUCGCUCUAUUGUGCCGGAAUGUUCUUCGCAUUUUUCAGCCUCUACUUUGCCUUUUUUUAUAUUGGCUCAUACGGUCGCAAUGUCUUGGGCGUUAGCUACCAGCAGUCUAUCAACCUUCUCUUGGUACAAGUCGGCAUGGGGUUCAUAUUCCGUCUCCUCCCGAGUUACUUUGCGGACAAGAUAGGGAGUCUCAACGUUCUGAUUCCGUUCGUCUUCAUCUGCAGCAUCAUGAUGUUCGGAUGGAUUGGCAUACACUCUGUUGGCGCUCUGUAUACGUUCGCGGUCAUUUACGGAUCGGGUAGUGCAGUCAUUCAGUCGUUAUGGCCUGCUGCCAUUGGUGCGAUGAGCCGGACGCCUGAUCUGAACAAGUCCGGAGUCAGGAUGGGCAUGGCGUUUACUAUUGUGAGCAUUUCAAGCUUCACGGGUCCACCGUUAGCGGGUGCUCUGAUCCAAUUGAACGGCGGGAGCUACACCUAUGCUAAUAUCUGGGCCGGGACUUCCUUUUUCAUUGCAGGCUGUUUACUCAUCGCAGCUCGUUGUUCGGUGGUGGGGUGGAAACUGAAAGCUAGAGUUUAG